UAUUUGAAAAUUAAUGUUUAACUUCAGGCAACUCGUCAUACACCAUAACUGUAUUAUAAGUUGCCUGAAUAUUUUAGGGUGCUGUCGCUGUCAAAAACUACAGUCAAAAACUAACCUUUAAUUUUAAGAGUUCCUUCAAAAAUUUCAUAGUAACCAAUUUUGGUAAUUUGAUUCGAAAAAGUAUUAUUAUUGAUCUUAUUUUACGUAAAUAGAUUUACAACAAUAUGGCAUCAAGUAAUUCUAAAGGCACCUUCCAACCGGAUUCAGAUGUGCACAUUUCGUAUGAAGAUCAGCAGAAGAUUAAUAUAUUUGCAAGAUUAAAUGCAAAAUUGGAGGACAUAAAGGAUGACGUUAAAAUUAGAGAGAACGAUUUGAAAAGUCUUGAGGAUGCAUGUGAUGAAAUUGCUCUUUUCGACGAUGAUGAACAAAUUCCAUAUUUAGUUGGAGAGGUUUUUAUAUAUCAAGAUUUAGAAACAACACAGAAAUGUUUAGAAGAAGCCAAGGAAAAGAUAUCAGCUGAAAUUACAGCAUUAAAUACAAAAUCUGUUGGAAUAAAGGAUCAAAUGUCAGAGCUUAAAGCUCAUCUUUAUGGUAAAUUUGGCAGCCAUAUUAAUUUAGAAGCUGAUGAAUAAGUUACCUAGUAAUAUCUUAAUACCAAAUUAUUAAUUUUCUUUCUUUUUUUAAUAGCAUUUUUAUAAAUAAAAUAUGUAACUGUGAGCUUUGUAAAAUUCAAAUUUUAAUUAAAUGAAUAUAACAAUAA